AAUUACGCCUAACUUCAGUUGAGUUUACAUUUUUAUUGGUUAUAUUAAUCUUUUAAUUUAUAAUGGGAUACACUUCAAAAAAGUAUCAAGAAAAAAUAACAGAAAUUCAAAACCACUUUAAAACUCAUAACAAAUAUAAAGAACAUGUAGGACAUUCUUCUAAAGUUCAUUCAGUUGGAUGGAGUUGUGAUGGCAAAAGAUUAGCGUCGGGUUCGUUUGAUAAGUCAGUUUGUGUGUAUACUUUAGAGAGAGAAAGAUUGAAUAAAGAACAUGUGUUCAAAGGCCAUGGAGGUUCAGUGGACCAGUUGUGUUGGCAUCAAAGUCAUCCAGAUUUACUUAGUACAGCAAGUGGAGACAAAUCUGUCAGAAUUUGGGAUACAAGAAUGCAAAAAUGUGUUACAACAAUUAACACAAAAGGUGAAAAUAUUAAUAUUACUUGGUCACCAAAUGGUAAUUCUAUAGCAGUUGGAAACAAGGAGGAUUUGAUUACUUUUAUAGAUGCUAGGAUGCACAAAAUUGAAGCUGAAGAACAGUUUCAUUUUGAAGUGAAUGAAAUUUCUUGGAAUAAUACAAGUGAUUUGUUCUUCUUGACAAAUGGCCAAGGUUGUGUUCAUAUAUUAAGUUAUCCUGAUUUAAAACGACAGCAUAUUUUGAAAGCACAUCCAGGGACUUGUAUUUGUAUUGAAUUUGAUCCAACUGGAAAGUAUUUUGCUACUGGUAGUGCUGAUGCAUUGGUGUCUUUAUGGGAUAUUAAUGAAUUAGCAUGUAAAAGGGUUUUUACAAGAAUGGAUUGGCCAGUGAGAACUAUAUCUUUUAGCUAUGAUGGACAGUUAAUAGCUUCAGCAUCUGAAGAUUUAUCAAUAGAUGUUGCUUUUGUAGAAACUGGUGAUAAAGUUGCUGAUAUUUCUGUAGAAGCUGCCACAUUUACAGUAGCUUGGCAUCCAUCUGCUUACUUAUUAGCUUAUGCUUGUGAUGAUAAGGAUAGUUAUGAUAGGAAAAGAGAUGCAGGAACUUUAAAAGUAUGGGGAUUCUCCAAUGACUAAUCAAGUUUUAUUUUGUAAUAUAUAAUUUGUAAUAAAAAAUCAUAUUUUUACUGUUAAAAACCGAAAUUUUCUGAAGUUGAAGACUAUAUUGUCUGUGUAUUAUUCUUUUAAUUAUUUUUAAGUUGGUAACUGAAAAUGUUGAGUACUUUAUCAACAUAUGGGC